AUGCCUGGGUCACAGGCCCGGAACUCAGCUGCCAGAGGGUCAGGAGCUUCCACUGUUGCUGUCAAGAAGUUUGCCAACCCCGAAAGACUGCCCGGCCCCCGGAAAUCCACUCUCUGCGCCUCCGAAUCUGCCGUGCAGCAAGGGGAGGUUACGCCUUCCCUUGGGUACCAGGAUCUACCCAACGAAACCAAGUCCUUGGCCACCUUUGCGCGGGGCGAUCCAGCCGAGCGGCUCCCCAGUUCUGAAAGUUUGGAAGCGGGCCCCUUCUUCUCUCCUUCCGCACCCCUCCGGGCCCUCGCGCUGCACCGCAGGGACGCGGAACGAGCUGGGGCGUGCUCGGGUGAGCUGCGUGGGCUCUUGGUGGAGGAGAGCAGGGGCGCCACCCGCGGCACCCCCGCCGCGCUGAGGACGCUCCGGAGCCCGGCGACCCAGCUGCCGCGCCCCACGAACAGCACAUAUCUGAAUGAGAAGUUACUCCAGCUCACAGAAACAUGCAGAAGUCUGCAGGAUGGCUUUGUGGCUCUGUCUAGCAAAGUAAAAAGGUAUUUAGAGAGUGACUAUCUUCAGAUUAUCAGAAAUAUACAGAGCUGCCCAUGGAAACGACAAGAAGAAGAAUAUGAGAAUUUUAGAGCAAAACUUGCUUCCUGUUGCGAUGCUGCCCAAAACUUCAUUGUUUCUCAGAAUAACACUCCAGCUGGGACCAACAUGAGUUACGAGGUGGAAAGCAAAAACGAAAUCCUAAUUAGAGAGAACAUUUUUAAUAUGUUUCCAGUGUCUCAGCCUUUUCUGGACUACCCUUACAGUCAGUGUGCCGUGGUCGGAAAUGGGGGAAUCCUGAAUAAGUCUCUUUGUGGAGCCGAAAUAGACAAAUCCGACUUCGUGUUUAGGUAUGGGAACUUAAAGAAAAAGAAAGAAAUAUUUCUGGAGGACAUCGCAACCUACGGAGAUGCAUUCCUCCUUCUGCCGGCGUUUUCUUUCAGGGCCAACACCAUCGCCUCUUUUAAAGUGUAUAACACACUCAAAGAGUCUAACGCAAGACAGAAGGUGAUAUUUUUCCAUCCCAAGUACCUGAGAAACCUCGCCGUCUUCUGGAGAACUGAAGGCGUGACAGAGUUCCGCCUGUCCUCAGGCUUGAUGAUCACAAGCGUGGCGGUGGAACUGUGUGAGCACGUGACGCUGUACGGGUUCUGGCCCUUCUCCAGAACGGUGAAGGACACGCCCGUCAGCCAUCACUACUAUGACAACAACCUGCCUAAGCGCGGCUUCCACGAGAUGCCCAAGGAAUACAGACAGAUUCUCCGACUUCACUUGAAAGGAAUCCUCAAAUUACAGUUUAGCAAAUGUGAAAGAGCCUGAGGUAGGGUCCUAAGGUGGAACGGUUCUCGUAUCACGCGGUCGGUGAGUAACAGUAGAAGCGGCGGUUGUCAGGCAGAAGAGGAAGAGCCCCGAACCCCUGUUUGGUCAGAGCUCCCUGCUCAGCUUGCAUCCUUAGCUGCUCAUGCACCUGUUCCCAUCUUCAGUUUCCCUCCCGGUAAAACGGGACCGUGAUUUGUAACUUGCUUCAGGCAAACGCGAUAAUCUAUGAAAACUCUUGGCAAAGGAUUCUGCGUGAUGAGGUGGGCACUCCAUGAACGUUUCCUUGUUGGUAUUUUUAGUAGCCGUUUCCACGCUCACCAGACUGAUCGUACGGGGGAAUGCUGUUUUGAGGACCCUUCCUGGGGAGGAGAGCUGAAAUGCCAGCCUUCACUGGGGUUCGAUCUCCAGCAGGCCUCUCUCUUAUGGUGAUAGCCUUCUGUCCUUCUUCCGGUCCCAAAGAGUGCCUAGAAGGACUUAGAGCAGACCCUUGUUUCUUCAGGAAUGAAGUCCUUCUCUUCGGGUGACCACAGGCCUGCUUCUGAUUACCUUCACUUGUGUCGUUAGCCACAAGGACGUUGGUUGGAUUUAGGCCAGUGUUUUUCCUCCUUUGUCCACAUUUUUAAAUCACUCUUUAUAAUUUUUGUUAACAUCCUGACUUUACUCCUAAGCCUUUCCCCCUUCCACUGCCAGAAUCUAUUUCAAGAGCAUGAGGAGUUACAAUACGCCAUUUUUCUUACCUAUGGUCUUAUCUGUGGGGUCGCACAUUCCAUUUAGUUUUCUUUUUUAAAACUUAUCAAACAGCUACUUCAUGCCAGACUCUGUGAAGGCUGUGUCCUUAAGAAGGACAUAAAGGCCAGGUCCUUCAGGAGGAAAAGGACAUGCAUCUGACCAACUGUAAUACGGUAUGAGAAAUGUGAUUACGAUAACUGUGGGUAGUACUGUGAAAACGGAGGUGGGAAUAAUUAAAUCUGUUUCAGUGGAAUCUGUUUCAAAGAAGACGUAAUUUCUGAGUGAAGCCUAGAAAAUGAGUAAGGUUUUAACAAAUGAAGGAGAUUCUAGGUAGAGGGAAUAUGAUGGGGAAAAAAGGCAUCUAGUUGACUCUGAUUCACCAAAAUCAGGCUAUUUGAAGGUAAAUCAAGGCCUUUGUUCCAAAAACUGUCACUUGAAGGGAGUUAUAGUGCAUGGGCGUGAUAGCUUGGGCCCACCUCUGUGAAAUGGGGAUAAUAGUGACCUGAUGGAUUUUAUUGGAAAGCUGUAAGGAUUAAAAUACACAAAAACUUAAUUCUCAUAAGGAAACGUGUGUAUUUACAUGAGAAAUAAGACUAAUAAUUUAAACAUCAAACAAAGCUUCAGUGGUAUUGACUAUUACCAUUUUUAUAGCAGUCCCUUGCAUUAUGAUGAUACCUGGUAACAUAGGUCAUCCCUGGAUCGGAUGAAUAACUUACUUGACUUAACUAAGUAGCUGUGUUUAUAUUUUCCGAUUGUCUUUGUACCCUUACAAGGAGGGCAGAAACGGGAGUGGAGCAGACUGGCCAGCCUGCUGAAUUAAUUACAAAUACAAUUCUGAAUUCUUACCUUAGCCAGAUCGCUGUUUUCCGAAAGCGUCACUUUUAAGAACACUAUGCUGUCACUUGCUUAUUUUGGUAAAGUACCUCUUUCAUUUCAUUGUAGUUGACAUUUUUUAUGCCAUUCUCUGUUCACAUUUUAUUUGUUCUUCCGUAGCAGAUGAAACCUUUCAGCUCCAUAAAUUGGUUAGAAGUUCACAUAUAGUUUCCGAAAGGAACAUGCUUUUAGUUACAUGAAGUCUAAUUUAUUUAUCUUUCUUUUUGUGGUGAUGAACGAGUGGCUAUUUUCUACUGCUUCUAAUGAAUUUAAUUUGUUGUAAAAAUCUGCUCGCAAUGUUAGCAAUGUCUAUCAUGUUACUAACAAUGGAUUAUUAAAAAAUAGAACACUCUAAUAUUUUAUAGUCGGUAAAGUGUUUGCCUCAAAAUGUUUUCUGGGGGUGUAGAAACUUAAACUUUUCUUGUUGUUGAUACUGGAGCUCUAACAUUAAUGAGCCAAAGUAAUAGGAAAUACUGAAAUAAAUCAUUAAAUAUACAA